UCUUUCCAAACACGCUCUCUUUGAUUCGAAGUUAAUCCAAUGCCUGACCUAAAGCCUUCUCUAGUCUCUUGCAUUCUGACCAUGAAAUCAAACAAGGAUGAAGCUGAUGGAGAACACCGUGUAGAUGGUAAGGAUCAUGGAGCGUCUCGGGAUGUCGGUUCCAGUCAAAUAAAAGAUCAUCAUAAUAAUAGUAAUGGUGAUGCUGACGUUGAUGGUAUGGGUGAUGGAAAUGUUAAUGGUGACUUCCAUGUAGAUAUCGACGACCCAGCGGAUGGUGAUGAGGAGGAGAUGGUGGAUAGAUGUGCAAGAGGUAACCCUACUGGAGACUGCACUGUUGUUAAUUGGUUAGAAGGAGAGUGUUGUUUUGACUGCAAUAGCACAAGUGGCCAGGUAUUGGUCUGCAGCGAAAAUGGCUGCCCAGUUGCUUUCCACGAGGCAUGCAUGACCUGGACACCCAAAUUUGAUGAAAUGGGUAAAUUCUACUGCCCUUAUUGUUUUUACAAGCAAGAAGUGGCCAGGCUCAAAGGAUUGAGACAAAACGUUAUGUUGGUAGAGAAGGACCUAUCCGACUUUAUAUGUUUAAGAAGGGAUGGUGGAAAUGAAGAGGAGGGAGGUGAAACGGUGAGCUCUGCUGAUUUUGGAAAUGGGCUAAAUGAUGAUGGUAAAGAGGCUAUAUACCAUAAUCAGGAUGCAACACAGGGUUUAUCAACAAUGACACAGAAAGUGAGUUCUGCUUAUUUUGGAAAUGGGCUAAAUGAUGAUGAUAAAGUGACCACUCCUAAUAGUCAAGAUGAAAUACAGGGUGUUGAGUUGAUGAGAAAAGAAAAAUCUUAUGAGGGAAACAUCUCUACAACUCAGGGGUCUGACAAAGUUGGGAAUGGAGAAAGGGUGCAGGAGGAUUUAGAAAUCCCCAAUAGUGAAGAUGAUGAAACUGAUGAGGGAGAGCCAGCGCUCCCUAAUACAGUUGGAACUACCUCCCACAGGCGUCAAAAGCAUGAAAAACAAACAUCUAACAAGGAAUCACCUCUCAAAGAUGUUUCACUGGAUAGUUCAUCAUUUCAACCAAGUACCAGUGCAAAUAAUAUGGAUUUGAACCAAGAGGGAGACACUGUAACAGCAAGAACCCCUGCAAAAUGGCGAGAAUCAACCAAGCGACGCUUGAUGCCCACAGUGGGCACUGAAAAGCGUAGGAGACUACACUGGACAGCUGAAGAGGAAGAUAUGCUGCAGGAGUUAAUCCAUGACUAUUCAACUAAAGCAAACAAAAACAUCCCCUGGAGGAAAAUUUUGGAACACGGUCGAUCUGUUUUCCACUCAACUCGUCUCCCAGUUGACCUUAAGGAUAAAUGGAAGAAUAUGGUGGCUAAAGAGAUCUCUAAAGGGUAAAUAGGGUAGUGAUUAAAACUGGAAGAGUAAGGUAAUGUUUUUAUGUUGUUAAUGUCCGUCUGUCAUGAUGGAAUUCUCUAACAAAGUAGGUAGGUCAUAUGUCUUACAAGUGGGUAGGUGUUGCUCAUCGUCUGAUAAAUGACCAAUUUAAGUUGGUGUUCUGCAAAAUGCUUGGAUGUUUUUAGAUGAUUUUACAAACUAGAAUGGGGUUUUCUUCUUUUUGUU